AUGAAGCGUCUCGGUCUCAAACGUCAUGUAGCUCGAGUAAAACCUAUUCUCACUGCUCAGCAUCGAAAAGACCGGCUUGCAUGGGCUGCAAAAUAUAAGGACUUUGACAAUUGGCCCUUGGUUAUCUUUAUGGAUGAAGCUAAGAUGUGGAUUGGCGGAUCAACAGUGGAAUGGGUAACUCGUGCAGAUGGAGACGCUUUCAAUCCUGCUUGUGUGAUACCAGCAGCAAAGAAGGGAGAAGGAGUAAUGGUAUGGGCAGCUAUCUGGCUUGGAGGAAGGACGGAAUUGGUUCGAUUUGAUCUCUCUAUUGUGAAGAAGCCUCUUUUGGAAGAGUGGAAGAAGGUAGUACAGUUAUGGAGAGGAUAUGGGACCCCUUACAUCCUACAGGACAAUGUACCCCUUCAUUGGACCCCUCCAAUCCGAGCAUUCCUGAAGAAGCACAAAUUCCAAUACAUCGAUCAUCCAGCAUCCUCUCCAGACCUUAAUCCUAUCGAAAACUGCCGGGCCAUUGUCAAGCGUCGACUUAAACUACUCCCUGAACGUCCUACAAACCUAGAUGAGCUUUUUGAGGCUGCAAACAAGCUAUGGAUGGAGAUACCACAGGAGAAGAUUGAUGCUUGUAUUGAGAGCAUGGAAGCGAGGAGGAAGGCAGUUGAGAAGGCGCAUGGUUUUGGUACAAAGUACUGA